AAUACCAUAGUUGGCUUUUAUGUUUCAGCUACUAUAGCUAAAAUCACGCUAGAAAAAAUGUUGAUAAAUCGAUAUUAUCCAUUGUUAUAUCGAUUGUGCUAUCGGUUUUGUGUUUUCUUUAGAUAACAAUUGAGUUCUAAAAACGUAAACAUUAUAUUUAAAGCGAGUUUUGGCCGUCGCUUAAUAAACUUAUUACAGUGAUGCUAACUGGAUUCCUUCCAUCGCUGCUGAAAGUGUUCUCCUGCUAAGAUGCACAGUCACGGCACUAGCAAAGUUGUUGCUACUCUCCGAGCAGAUGGCCAUGUCUACCCCAUAGAAAACUCGAACCUGAUGCACUACGAGAUUCGUACCGAAGGAGAAGUCCAACAAAAGAAGGGAAACCUGCUGGGGCCCGCCACAUGCGUGGACUUGGGCAAGCAAUUGCUUCAGUGUGCGAGGGACAGCGAUGUGGCUGGGGUGAAGACAGCGCUGGCCCAUGGUGCGCCCUUCGCGUCCGACUGGCUUGGUAUGUCGGCGCUGCACUUUGCUGCUAUGAACAACCAGUUGGAGAUCUGCGAGAUCCUUCUGCAAGGAGGCAUUAACAUGGACGCCAAGACCAAGGUGGACCGGACUCCGCUACACUUAGCCUGCUACUACGGGCAUGAACAGGUUGUUAGCUUACUGCUAGCUCUAAAGUGCAGCGUCAACUCCCGUGAUAUGCUUCGUAUGACUCCGCUUCAUUGGGCAGUUGAGAAGAGGCACAAGGGCAUUGUCCGCCUGCUGCUCAAGUGCCAAGCCGAUGUAGCCUUGGUGUCCAAAUUUGGUAAGACGCCGAUCGCAUUGGCUGUCUACACAGAACAGGCGGAUGUGCUAGCAGAACUUGAAGCUGCGCGGCAAGCACAGGCCAGUAAAAAGUUUAAUGAAGAAACGGAACGGCAAACGCAUAAGAGCAAAAAAGAAACUAGUGAAGCAGUCAACUCAAUUAUGGACGAGCCUGAAAUUACUAAAAGCCUUGAUGACCGGGAAAUGUCGGUGGAAGAACGAAUGGAUGUUCUGGAAAACCUGCGAGGGCAUACCAAUGUGCUGGGAAACUCUGCGCUUAAUAUGUUGAAGACGCACGGAAUCGCAGAUAUGGUGCAGGAAAACGAUGAUCAGGCCUCAAAAGAAAUGCUAAACACAGCGUUGCAGAAUGGACGCCAGCUCGUCCUCUCUGAAGGUGGACGUAUGCUACUUCACGAAACAAAAGCGGUUAUCAGCUGCAAACAAUCCUCAAAUGGAAAUGCCAGGUCGCCGGUAGUAGCACUCCGCACUAAUGUUAAUAACUCUUCUCCUCAGAAGAUUCGCAUGAAUGUCAUUAAGCAAAAAGACAUUCCGUCACCGGCAGGGGUUACCAAGAACAAGAAUAUACGUAUAAUCUCGUUGACUGAUUUCAAGAAGCUCUGCGGGUCGGACAGUCAGACAAAGUCUCUGCAGAAAAUUCCAGCAUCGUUAGCAAGUUCUGGAAUGGUACGUCAGCUUCCCGAUGGCACAAAGCUAGUCAACAUGCGCCAGCUGCAGGCUCGUCAGUUAAAGCUCCCAUCAUUGCAAAAACCUUUAGAGCCAACCACCAUAGUGGAGGAGUCGCAUGGAUUAAACGAAUCCGUGGUCCAUUCUACACUGCCAGCAAACAAUCUCCCAUCCAGUAGUACGCUCAGGGGUCAGGUGGGUACCGUGCAGACGAUACAGCUGCGGCCUUCACUACCGGCAGGAUCUGGACAGGGGACAACGAACAACGGCGUGGCUUCCAGCAAACCAUUUGUCAAUGCCACAAAGCUUUCGACGGCGAAAUCUCCACACGUAAUGCCGUUGCUAUCGUCUUCCGAAAUUUGUCGUCAGCUGCACGAGCUCCGACGGCAAAACGAAGAAUUACGUCGGCGAGCAGACUCUUUUCAGCGGGAAAAGGAGGAGAUGCUUAGGCGCAUAGACCGUCUAGAGCAAAUGGUGCUUGUUCGAGAAUCGGAGGCGGACAUGGAUUUCGGGGAUGACAUUUAGCUAGUUCUAAGAUAGGCUUAUUGUAAAUAUGUUAAGGUAGGUUUUAAGAAAAGGUAACCAUAUACCGUUAAGUGCAUUUUUUCAUCGUUCAGUAAACGAAGAAUUUCAUACUAUUUUAUAUCAGAACCGUAUUAACAUACAUAAAUGGGAAAAAUAACUG